UAACCUCAACUAACAAAAAAUGGAUGUUUUAGAACAACUUGAAAAAUGUGAUCCAAUUUUUUUAAAAGAUCUAACAGGAAAGUAUGUAAGCAUAUCAACGUUAGAUAACGAUGUGCAUAACGGUGCCGUUUACGUAAUAGAUCCAAUUUCAAAAACGAUAGUUUUAACUCAAAUCAAAGACAAUAAAAAGAUCUUAAAAAUAGUGAUGUUCCAUGCUUUAAAAACGUUUAAACUAACCCCGGAUGCUGAGGUGGUGCGAGAUACAUUUAUUGAAGAACCACUAUUCGAGCGAGAUAUCGAAGAAAGAAGAAUACGAUUAAAAAAUUGGUUUAUAAAGAAUUUGAUUGAUGUGACUGAAGAUGGGAAGUUAUUACGAAUUCGUGAUGAUUUCAGUAUAGGUCCUCCGUAUACUAUUUCACAGUGUGUAAGCAAUAAUGCGGUUAUUUUAGAAAGAAUGAUACAACUAAUAGAAAGAUUGCCAUAAAAUUAUUUUAAAUUA